AUGGUUCAAUUUGCCUUUAUUAACGACAUCACUUGGUUGAAAAUCGGCAUUUUCGUCACACCGCCGCCGUACCCGGGCUAUACGUCCUAUUUGGGGUCAAUUCAACGUCUUCGGAACGGCGAGGUCAUGUUCUGUCCGUAUGGUGAAAGUAUCGCAGACCAGUUAGAAGACAGCCCUAUCACCGACUACGAUACAAGUACAACUCCUGACGAGGAUUCAUUCACAGCAAUCUCAGGACGUCACAGUCCACCACUAGCAUCUCCUGAAAACGACUCUGAAUAUCAGUUAGAAACGGAACUACCGUCGAAGAAGACUUCCCAGGUAGCAUCGGCGUCGUCCGGCUACGGAUCGUCAUCAGCAUCGGGCGAAUCCGAUCAGGAGAUCAGCGAACGGGUGUCCCUGAAGGGUUCGGUUCAGUACGGAUCAUCGUUAAACCGUGUAGGACGGAAGGAUCGUCAGAUUGAUCGAUGGCGACGACGUACUUGUCCAGUAUCACUCCAGAAGGUCUUCGAUGAGGAUGUGAUGCGAAUUCUUCAGAAGGACGGGCAUGUGGUGCUCGUAGAGACAGAUGUACUUGGAGCAGUUUUGCUGAAACUACAAGACGAUGGGGCUGCUGCCACCUUUUGGGCAGCACAGGUGCAGCAGUUCGAUGAAGUUCGUGGAGACCACGCUGUUGCUCAGGGUAUCAGGACGGAACAUCAGUAG